CGACGGCACACGCAACCCGACCUUCUAACAGAAGGUUUGACAGUGCAGUGUGGUCGUGUUUAUUUGGUCAGAAUCAUGUUUCGUGCUACUUUCACAAUAUGCACAAGGGGCGUGGCGACUCGGCUAAUCUCCUCCAUCUCUGGAGAAAGCAGUCUUCCGUCAAAUUUACGUCUUCCAGCAAAUCUAAUAGGGGCUCCAAGACAAAAAGCAGCCCUCCCCACCGAUUCUGAGCUUCCAGUCCUGCGCAGAUGUGAUGCUGAUAUUCCAGCUCACCUCGCACCUGUUCAGACAUGGCUGCACUCCUUAAGAAGUUAUGACAGCGAGCCGUUGGGGAUUGUUGAUCUUCACCCGGAUGUGUUUUCUGUACCGGUCAGGCUCGAUAUACUCCAUGCUGUAGAGGUCUGGCAGAGGAACUUCAAAAGAAUUAGCCACGCCAAGGUGAAGAGCAGGGCGGAGGUCAGAGGAGGAGGCAGAAAGCCUUGGAAGCAGAAGGGAAGUGGACGUGCUCGCCAUGGAAGCAUUCGCUCUCCGCUAUGGAGAGGAGGUGGAGUGGCUCAUGGUCCAAGAGGACCAACCAGUUAUUAUUACAUGCUGCCCAUGAAGGUGCGUGUACAAGGACUGAAAAUUGCACUGACUGCCAAACUUGCACAGGAUUAUCUUCAUAUUAUUGACACAUUGGAGAUUCCCACUCCAGACCCACAAUAUCUAGAGGAGCUGCUCAAACGCAGGCAGUGGGGGGAUUCGGUCCUGAUUGUGGAUGUAGGGGAGGAGUUCUCUCACAACGUUCUACAGGCCACAGCAAACUUGAAGACUGUAAAUAUCAUUCCAGCCAUAGGCCUGAAUGUUCACAGCAUGCUGAAACACGAAAGUCUGGUCCUCACAUUGGAGGCUGUGAAGUUUCUAGAAAAGAAGCUGCUGUGGCACGACUGUCGCUUCACACCGCUCUACCCUUUCAAACUGCCCUACAGUGAUAUGCCAUAAACAUAUAUUAAAAAAAAACAUUUAUUUCCUAAA